AGGAAUUUCCUUUUGCCACUCCUGCUGCUAGGAGCAACUACCAAGCAGCCUGACUUGCAUGCUCCCGCUUCCGCGCUGAAAACGCAGGUCUGGGUUGCUAGACCCAGUUCUGUAGCAUUUCUGCACCUUCUUCGAUUGGGUUAUUGAAGGCUUCUUGAGUUUUUUUUUAAUCUUUAUUUCCACAGAGCACAUUGCUAAACUACGCCGUUGCUUUUUUUUCUGUUACCCCUCCUAUCCCCACCCACACACAAGCCUGUGAGCGGCUUUAAAAAAAAAAAAAAAAAAAAAAAAAAAACUCAUGACGUUUACAGAAGGGGGCAAGCUGCGUUUUCUUAUUCUGGAUGCAUUUGGGUACAACUUUGUAACUUGACUUUUAAAAGUUGCGCGAAGCUGUUGUGCUGCUUUAUCUUUGACGCCGCGAAGAAGCGAGAAUCCCAAGUUACACUUACAGAUGCGAAAAGGAGCAACAGGCAGCGGCUCUAAGAAGUUUGGAUUGCCUUACUGUUCUGAGUGUACGGAGACCAAGUCCCGUUAUUUCUUUCCUUUGGGGUUGAAUCGGAGUCGGGUUGUUCUCUGCACCGCUGGGAUGCGUGGAUGCUUUUCAGUGUUGGGGUCUGGAUUACUUCAGCACGUCCUUGGAUUCAAUUGAUCUCUCUCACACACACACACAUACACACAGAGAUACACACAGCCGUGCGUAUUUAGAAUUAUAAAGCGAGCGUCUCCUUUCUGAAGAGGAGGGAUGAACGCGGUAAGAAGAGUUUGGAAGGAUGUUCUCGGUUGUAAAAUGGAAACGAAGAAAACCUUGGCUGUUUUUCUGUUUCUGUAUUUAGGCGUUUGUCUGAGUUACAGCCAGGAUCUAAACCCUAAAGGGAGAAACGUGUGCAGGGGAAUGGGUUCGUUUGUAUGCUGCCCUGGAUGGAAGCAGCACGUGGAUGACUGCAUUGCACCUGUUUGUGAAGGGAAUUUUACCUGCAAAGAGAACGAAGUGUGUGUGAGACCCAAUGAAUGUCGCUGUCGCCAUGGAUACUUUGGAGCCAAUUGUGAGACCAAAUGCCCUGGUCAGUUCUUCGGCCCGGACUGCAAGGAAAUGUGCACCUGCCACCCGAAUGGGCGCUGUGACGACGUGAUCGGCAAGUGCACCUGCAACCCCAACCGCUGGGGGGUCAAGUGCGAGAACCAGUGCCUCUGCCAGCGGGGGAAGUGCGACCAGGACACGGGCAAGUGCACGUGCGACACGGGCUGGUGGGGCCCCCAGUGCGCCAACACGUGCUACUGCAGCAGCAGCUCAGUGUGCGAGCAGAGCACGGGGCGUUGCAUCUGCCAGCCGGGCUGGUGGGGGCGUACCUGCAACAGCCAGUGCCCCUGCAGCAACUCCCCCUGCGAGCAGUUCAGCGGGCGCUGCCAGUGCCAUGAGAGGCUGUGGGGCACGCGCUGCGAGAGGUACUGCCAGUGCGUCCAUGGCAAGUGCAACCAGGCUGACGGCUCCUGUACCUGCAAGCCAGGCUACAGAGGAAAGUUCUGCAGGGAGCCCUGCCCCGCGGGCUUCUAUGGGCAAGGCUGCAGACGCAGAUGCGGGCGGUGUAAACAGCAGCAGCCGUGCACAGUUACAGAAGGGCGCUGCCUGACUUGUGAAGCUGGCUGGAACGGCACCCAGUGUGACCAGAUCUGCUCCCCUGGUUUCUUCGGGGGAGAGUGCAAGGAAGUGUGCCCGCCCUGCAAAGAUGGCCACCCCUGCAACCACGUGGAUGGGAAAUGCACACACUGCAACCCUGGCUGGAUCGGAGACCGGUGUGAGAUAAAAUGCCCCAAUGGAACUUAUGGAGAGAACUGUAAAAACAUCUGCAAUGAUUGUUUUAACGGGGAAUGCCAUUUCACCACUGGAGAAUGUCUCUGCAAUCCGGGCUCCUAUGGGACCAACUGUAACAUGACUUGCCCAGCUGGUCAGUAUGGAGUGAACUGUGCCCAUGCCUGCUCCUGCCAUGAGAGUACCUGUAACUCCACCACUGGGGAGUGCUUCAUGCAAACCAAUCAGAGAAUGGGCGUGAUUGCAGCGGGGGCGCUAGUGAUCUUCCUCCUCGUCCUCCUCCUCUCACUCCUGUGCUGCUGCUGCGUCUGCCGCAAGAAAAACAAGAACGAUCCAGAGCAUGAGAACUCUGCGAACAGCAAGAAAACUCGAAGACAGCUUUGUGGCAGGUUCAGUAGGAUCAGCACCAAAUUCCCCAGGAUUCCACUGAGACGCCAAAAACUGCCAAAAGUUGUGGUUGCUCACCAUGACCCUGAGAAUACGUUCAACUGCAGCUUCAUCGAGCCUCCUUCUGCAAUGGAGCAGCCCUCCCCCUCCUGGUCAUCGAGGGGCUCCUUCUCAUCCUUCGAGACCAGCGACGAUGGACCCGUCUACUGCGUCCCCCAUGAAGAAUCUAUGUCCGAAAACAAAGAGAAGGGAAGCUCCAAUGUGGUAGAGAAGGUAGCUCCGCCGAUCAGCGAGGAAGAUGCUGGGGAGUACACCUCUUUGAAGGACACAGGGAAAGCCUUGCCGGGGGACACCAGCGAAACACCCUUGCUGAAAUCCUCUGACAGCGAGGGAUCCACAAGCGGCUCCGAAUCCACCAGCGGGGCUCUCUAUGCUAGGAUCGCCAGGCUGUCCAAGCAGUCCGAGGACGAAAACAGCAGCAAUGUCAAGGGCAACGGCAAACCUCCGUCACCAGAAAGAGCCAAGCCUCGCCCUCCGGACCCUUCCACCAAGCCCAAAAUCUCCUGGAUCCAUGGCAAGGCUGGAAACGGCCAGAAUCCAGAAUCCAGCCAGGGCCCUGUGCCCACAAAGGAGAAGAGGAGAAGCCAAAGUGAGACCUCAGGGAAGAGCGAGGAGAAGCACAGCAGUAGGACCAAGGAGAAAGGAGCCAAACACAGCAAGGAGCAGAGCUCCCCUGAGGGCAAGGGCUCAGAAGAAACACACUCCCCGAGCAAACACAAAUCGCACAAGACCAGGGCUGGCCAGGAACAGAUGGAACACAUCAACGGGGCCGUCCAGAAUGCUUUAAAGAAGAUCGGGAACUUUCACGGGGACAAGAAAGGCAGCGAAACCAAAGAGGUGCCCAAAAGCCCCAGCAAGUCCCGUUCUGAGGUGAUCCACCCUCACAUGAAUUCUGAAGCUGCCACUUUGUUGGCCGCCCAAUUGAAGGAGAAGACCCAGAGCAUCAACCGAUGCGAGGGCAUGACGAAGCAGAAUGGUCUAGCCUCUCCGCAGUCCCACAGGGAGAAGCCCACCCCUCCUCAGAAGACCAAACGCUCUGCGCCCGCUGGGCCCAACCACAAUUCCAGCAAGCCUCUGCUGCCCACUUCCAGCAGCUUGCAGAAGAUAGUCACCCCUGUUUCAGAGAUAAUACCUUCAGAAGCAAAGAGCCCAGAAAGACAGGACUUGAAUAACCUCAAACAGGACGGAGGAGACCCUACACCCAAGAAGACUCCCAUCAAAAAGCCUCCUAGAAGGAAAGAUAAGGAAGCAACCUUGGACUCUCCCCCAAAGACCGCAAUCAUGCCACCUCAGAUGGUCAAGUAGAGGAAAUUUACAGACCUUGGCAUUCUGCCAAGGUUGUCAGAUGAUUAUUUUUUUUUGUGUCUUGUUCAACAGACAACAUUAACAACUCUUUUUUUGAAGGACCAAUGAAAAUAAAAAGAUUUUCAAAAGGAUUUAAUACUGUGGAGGUGAUAUCUUUUUUUUGUGUGCCACACACUUAAAAGGACCAGAUCAUGCAGACUAUAUUGCCUGCUGAAUUAAGCAGGGAUUUGUUGGACUACGCUUUUUCAUUAUUUGUUAAUCAUUAAGAUGUCAGAGAGAAGGAUAAGGAUUCGCAGGCCAUUCAGUAUUACAAGGACUACAAUGUCAGUACUAUUUUUGUUGUUUGUAUGUUUUUUUUUUGUAUAUAUAUAUAUAUUUUUUUUUUAUAAAACUUUUAUAAAACUCUGCAAUAUUCUAAGCAUUCACUGUUAUCUUAAGCUGCCAAAGGUUUCGAGAGGCACGUCGAGGAUAGUAAACGAACAGCAGCGAGGAAUCUGCAGUGUUGGACAUUUGUUUUAUUUUUGCUUUCAAUUUUGUAUGUAAUGUAUCCCCAGUCACAUGCUGGUUUCAGAAAUAUGAUAUUUCAUACAUCAUCAAUUAUCUACGUGCAUCUAGUGGCCAUGGUUUUGGUGAUUAUUGGUUUUGAAGGUACAAAAAAUCUUUAUGCUCCAUGCUGCAUUCAAUCAAAACUUGCCUUCCUUCCCAGUGCAAAUAUCACUAUCAGUUUGAACCAUUACCAAAAGCUACCCUAUAUUACAGACAGUCAUGGUUGGAUCUUUGUUAAAAACGUUGAUAUUUUAAUUUCGGACACGCACCAUAUCAGGCGUUGGAAGGCUGUGCAAGAGUGUUUCUGACACAGGUUAGAGUUCCCUCUGCUCUGGUAAUUGUAUUUAGUUUUCUUUAUAGUGAGAUUAUUAUUAUGUGUCGGCAAAUUGGUGCUCCACAGGCCUCCACAUAAAGAAUGUAAAAGAUAAAAUGCUUAGCCAACAGCCUCAAUGAUUAGAUCAGGUUAUUUCACAGCCCCAAUGACUGGUUUUGACAUUCAGUUGAGACUAACAGAUUAUUUUUAACUUGCAAUUUGGAGAGCAGAGUUUCAAUCAUUGUCUGUGUCUGUGUUUUUCAAUCAUUGUCUAUACCAGUCCUGCUUUAUUCCAAAAGCAGUGUGAACCUUAGGCUUUACUCCAUGCUGGGGUAUUUUAAUCAAGUCCAGAAUGCUUAACCGCGUCAGUUCAAUACUAAAAGGCAAUACAGUUUGCUGCUUUUACAUUCACCUGAAGCAGGCACCUAGAAAACCGCUGAUCGCAUUUCGCAAAGGGUCCCAUUCUAACAGUGACCUUAGCCAAGAGCCUCAUUACUGCUUAGACACCUCUCAGCUCUGAGAAACGUUUCUGUUCGUAGGACCAUCGACAUUCCCACUUUACUCUAAUGCCUUUGUAUUUUGAAACAGAGGGCUAUUGCAAGAAGGCAGGUUUAAUGUGUUGCGUUUGCAGUGGGUGACUAUAGAGACUGAAAGACUCCCAAUACCCCUCCUUUGACCUAAUGCCUGUAUCCACCUAUUGCUCCAUGUAGGUAUGUGCUGGUCACUGUACAGAUGUGGAACACUGUUCUGUCUAUAUAGACACCUGCUGCAAUGGACACUAUAGGAUAACCUACAUGCCCUUAGCCACCUGCAGGACAAUAAAUACAUUACAACACAUUACAUUCUGUGAAAUUAGACCCUGAUCGUUUCCUCAAAGGUCUCACUUUGAACAAAUGAAACCUAUAGAAUGAAAGCCUGUAUCAGGAUCUAACCCUCCCUUUGAAAUACCGUGCAGCCGAGGACACUGUAUGAUCCAUAUCUUAUAUCCGCCGUACCUACCCAGAAUACCAAGCAAUAUCAGAACACAAACAGAACUGAUAUCUCCAUAAGUGUCCUGUCAGUAAAAUGCAGCUGUCAAAAUGUAUACUCUUUUAAGGAUGUAAGGGUCUUAUAUGUCUUUGGGUACGUCAAUACGGCUCCUACUGUACACAAAGUAAACAGAGGAACUGCCCUGUAUCUCAUCUUUGACAAUCAGACUCUUUGAGUGCUAUGUGAAUGCUAAUUGAGUGUUGUUGUUUUUUUUAAGGUACAUUUGUUUUCUGGACUAUAAGCUGUCAUAUGUUUCUCUGUAUAAAGAUGUCUUUUUUGUUUGUAUCAGUAUUAUUAUAAAUGUGCAUAAGCAGUGCUUAUUAUAUAAUUUUAUUCUAAUAACUUGCAUUAUUUACGUUUAAACUCCUGCUCAAAGACAGUAAAGGCUGGAAGUUGAAAA